AUGAUGUAAUAAUAAAUCAAUUGGGGAAAAUGCAAACCUUAUUUAUAUAUAGAUGAUAGCAUUCCAGCAGUUGUCCUUGGACCUAAUUGUAAAAGAGGUUUAACUAUUAGUUCUACAAUUUUUGUUGGCAUACAUCGCAUAUGCAAUAUAUGGUUUCAUUUUAUUGAUAGUGUUAUUUUCAAGAGAUUUAGGAAUCAUUAGAUUAUCAUUAAGUGUAGUGUCCUAUACUUCAACUUUAAUAAAUUAUUUUCUAGCAGCCUUUAUGAAUCAAGGAGUUAGCAAUUAUAAAUAUAACUAUUAUAUAUAACCAAUUAAAUAUUGUGAAAUUUGCAAUUAAAAAUAAUAAAAGUAUACAGAACAUUGUGAUACUUGUGGAGUAUGUAUUGAAGGGUAUGAUCAUCACUGUCCAUGGAUUGGUAAAUGUGUUGGUAGACAUAAUAAGAGAUACUUUUAUGUCUUUAUUUUUAGUUUAUUUGUAUUCCAAACAUCAAGCAUAUUGAUUUUUACAAAAAUUUUAUGA